AUGGACUUAGGUGACAUAGUGGACGACGCAAUCUACAACUUCUCCCGGGUGUACCAGCAGUACGCCUUGCAGGGAGACGCCAGCGAGGACGAGAGAGAGAUGGCCGAGAAGAGAGCCAGUCUCUCUCCGUCAGACGAAGAUCUGGCGGCGGCGUCAUCGAGUAGCUCCAAGAAAAGAGGUUCUCCCAAAGAGAAAAAGAACGGGUUCGAGAAAGUCAACCUUCUUGUUGGGUCAGACGAAGAAGAGAUAUUUUGAAAUCUGGUGCAACUUUUUUGACUCCCUCUACGCAUGUAUUGGACUCCCACGUCACUGUCCUCUUAUUAUACCACUUCUUUGAAACCCUCUUUGAUGUCUAUCUUCUGGUCAAUUCACUUUUCCUUAUAGAUUGUAUUGCAUCAUUGCAUACACAUGUAAAAAAUCCACAAAAAUAAUUAAUUAUUAAUCUGAAGCUGUGGACACAAAUGCAAUCGUUUUGAUGAAUUAAUAGCUUGAUUAAAAAAAUUGAGCACUCCACAAAAAAUGUUUUCUCACUCUGGACACUAAUGGAUUAAAAAUAGCACAACAAAAAAGGUUGCCUGAAGAUGGUGGGCAUUAGGAUGAUGGCACAUGCUCAACACAACCGUACACGUAGUCAAUAUUCCAACCGGUAGUAUCUCUCACUGUCAACUUCCCCUCGAGUCCGAUUUUGAUACUUUCUUGAAAAUACUAUGUAGGGAAUGAACGUGGCGAUCCCCACGACCAUAAACACGAGGUAGUACCAGAACCCGCAGCUAAGACGAGUACCACUGGAGGGAGUAUGAGAACCCAAAGAGGACAAUGGCAGAUAGAGUGGAGAAGAUGCCUUCCACCCAGAAGAACAGCCCGAUCAUCAUACCUCUCAUACUGUGCGGAGACUGUGCUGCAUACACAAACUCCAGUGCUUAAAAAAACAGCAGAUUAAAAAAACAUUAAUUAUGAGGCCCUAUAAGUGUGCAUGAGGUUUAAACUUUGUACUAUACUGUAGUAGCUACUGACCUGUUACUUUCAGGAAAAUUUCCGCGAUGCUAGCCAUAAUUACAGGCACGAGUAUCAGAUAGGCCGAGAGGGGCAUAACGGAAUGGUCCUCGUGGUGAGUACAUUUGUGCUCUUUGGCAUUAGCCGUAGCAAACAUGCAGUUUGCGGCAGAAUCACCUUGCUGAUCAUUGAUAUGACCGACAAUUUCAAGAAGGCAGAGGACCCCAACGGAGCAUAUUAGUAGAACGUAACUCAUUCCGAAUCGCUUGAGCAUGUUUGGUGCAAACUGCCGCAGAAUCGGGUAGAUAAACUGGUCUAUGAUUGGGAUGGCAACAAGUAUUGUCCAGACGUUGAACGCCCAUUCGUUCAAUGUGAACGAGCAGUGGUUUGACAUGUGCCGAAACUGGAUGGACAUUACUUCUAA